CCUGGCCACCAGUGCCCGCAAGGGGUGAGAAGUGUGGGUUUGUGUCCUGCGGCUACCCAUGAUCACCGUGCGCGCUUGCCCAGGCAUCUGAACCAGCAGCGUCCAACGGGCGACGCGUCUAUGGCCAUGGCAACCACCUCCUCCCGACUCACCACCACCCAGUACUCCUUCCUCUCCUCCACGCCAUGCUCGCCCACCACCAUGGCGGCGCUCCCGCGGCGGCGGAGAGCCGGCGCGCGGUACCCACGUAUCCAGGCCAUCGAGUUCGACCAGAACACGGUUGUGGCCAUAACUGUCGGCGUCGUCAGCGUCGCCGCGGGGAUCGGCAUCCCGAUUUUCUACGAGAAUCAAAUUGACAAUUCCGCAAAGAGAGACAACAACCAGCCGUGCUUCCCCUGCAGCGGCUCCGGCGCGCAGGUAUGCAGGUUUUGCACGGGAGCAGGGACUGUUACUGUAGUAAUCGGCAAUGGUGAAUCUGAAGUAUCGAAGUGUGUCAACUGCGAUGGCAUUGGCUCAUUGACAUGCACCACGUGCCAAGGUAGUGGCAUUCAGCCACGCUAUCUUGAUCGCAGGGAGUUCAAGGAUGAUGAUGACUGAAGAUUUUUUCGUUACGAGCUAACGACGGUAAGGUGAGGAAUCUGAUAUCUAAUGAUGAUCCUGAAUACUUGGUGACGAUGUGUCCAUCAGGAAUGAUAUGAUUGUUUUGUGUUGUAUUAUAUUUCCUCUCCUUUUUUGGUAAAUGUGUAUGGAUGUACAUGCACACUCUUUUGAUGUCUGAAAAUGACUGUCCCUCAGUGGGCAAAGAUGAUAUUUUCUUGUUGAAAGUUCUCAAUAUAUGUCACAUAGCGUGUUCUUU